AUGGCGGCCGCUGGGGGAAUAUUAACGGGGAGUAGUUUGGAGGAGUUACCUUCAAGGCAAAUGUAUGAGAAAUUGAAAGGGCAAGAUAACGGUGAUUGUAGUGAAGAAUGGAGUGAAGCAAGAAAAGUGAAGGUGUCACUUGGAUCGGGUACUAUACCGGAAGCAGCACAUAGUGGAAUUAUGAGUACACUAUGUUAUAUAAAGGGAUUAAAUGGGAGCAUCAGCGAUAAUAGGGUUCCGGAGGAGUAUAAAUUUUUCUAUUAUCACGUGGGUGACAUAUUGUUGAAAACAAGUGAAGAUGAUAAAUUCGAGGAUUCUAUGAUUGCAAUGUAUAGUAUUAUAGCGCAAUAUGCGAAGGAAUUGGAGAACUACCUUAAGUACACUCAUAAGAGUAAAGAUGAAUUCCGAGUGGCCAAAAUAUUGUUCGAUUAUAAGAAGGACGAGAAUAAAAUAAGUGAACAGCUACGGGGACAACUGAAUGGGAGAAACAAAAAAUGUAAUGAUAAAUAUUACGCACACUUACAAGCAAUAAAUGAAGCUUACAGUAAAUCGUGCGAUAAAUGUAAAAACAGCGAACAGGGAAAGUGGACUGAUUGGUGCCCUGAAUUUAAGAAGCUCUUCACGGAUUAUGAAACUGUGAGUAAUUUAAACUUAAAUUGUAAGAAGCUGGGAGAUGUUGAGGAAGGUGAUACCUUAGAGGAUGAACAUUUAAACGUAGUAAAGGCAAGAUUAAAGCUGUAUGAAGAAUUCGAUACGGGUUCCGAUGAUUGCGGUAAUGGAAGUAUUCUACAAACUAUAAAGGACACCAUAAGCAAACAUACUGAUGUUGACCACGGUGCAGAGGCCGUUGUAGGAUCUUGGUGCUCUGCAUAUAAUAAGAGAACAGAAUGGGAUACUUUACCCAAUGAUGAGUACUGCCAUUUCCUAUAUUACUCGAUAGGGCAUACAUUAUUGGAAAAAAAUAAACAUAUUCGUGAUGUGGUGGAUAUUAUGAAGGAACUCUUCCCACACUUGAAGGGGUGGAAGUCUAUCACUGGAUGCGGGAAUUUCGACACCUCCUUGGACGAGACAGAAUUCAACCGCCGAAAAGGCAUAUUUGAAAAAUUCCAACAGUUGAAAAUUAUGAAGGAACAAUUAAGAAAAAGUAAAGGGGUCCCUUCCCUUUCCUCCUCUGCUCUUCAAGGAGCAAAAUGUACGAAGUCUUAUGACGACCAUCUGAAGGAUGUAAUUACAUUCCUUAAAAAUGAACACACUAAGUGUACUACAGGGGAUGAGCGUACUCAACCAUACUGCAAGAAUUUCCUCCAAAUGUGUCCACAGUGCAAUCCUUCUCAACUCUCCAUAUUAACGUGCGAAGUGGACCCCAAAACCCAAACCUCAACGAAUGACCAAUCUCAAAACCAGCAGCAGGGUACCUACACCGGAACGGACAACACUUCUACGAAUAUUGCGGCAGGGGUUCCUGGCGCCCUAGGUGCAAUCGGAUUACCAGCAAUUGGUUUCCUUUUAUACAAAGUAAUUACAUAUACAUACAUAUAUAUACAUAUAUACAUAUACAUAUAUACAUAUGCAUAUAUACAUAUACGUACGUAUAUAUGA